AUGCCACAGGACCAUCUGGCACUCAUCACAUCACUCUCUGUUGAAAUCGACAUCUACCGGAUCAUGAAGUGGCCACCUCAUAUCGACAUCCGAUUCAAGUCUUUUUAUGAGGAAGUCUUCAGGAUCCUGCUCUGUGAGCUUAAGAACGUGAAAGAUCUUCGGUUCUCAAUCGCGGGAUUGUCGCAGCAUGCUGGCAGCCCAGUGCAGUGGAUCAGCCACGACGAAUGGGAUUGGAUUGCGCCAUGGGAGGGAUUGGCGUCUAGUCGGAGUUGGAGAAGGCUAGAGAUCGCGGUACCAAGAGCCUGGGUCCCUGAGUUUGAGGGAGUGGUGCAGCGGAACAGCGUUGUGGAGGAGCAGAAGAGGUAUCGGCUUGUGGUUGGGAGUGAUGGUUGGCCUAGAGGGUGGUAG